AUGAUAAGUGGGCUAAGUAAGAAACAUCAACAAUCAACACAGCAAGAUGAUGAUAUGGGUAUUGACGUACACGAAUUGGCAAGGCAAACAUUUCAAUCAAAAGAAUUUAUUGAAGGUGUUUCAAGUUUAAUUAAACAAACUAUUACAUCUUUACAACAACGUGUCAAAUUACUGGAAGAUCGUAUAGAAAAAUUAGAAUCAGAUCAUAACCCUUUAGCUACAUAUGAUCGUCGUUUAAAUCUUCGUAUACAUGGAAUUCUAGAAGUACAAGGUGAAAAUGUCGAACCUUUAGUGAUUGAUACAUGUUCGAAUAUAGGUGUCAAUAUUACAUCUAACGAUAUUUCUGUUUGUCAUCGUUUAAUUCAUAAUGGACGUAAUAAUAAUCAAAAGCAACUACGAAAUCAAGCACCACGUGAAAUUAUUGUUCGAUUUAUCCAUUAUAAAACAAAAUCAAAUAUAAUGAUGAACAAAAAAAGUUUAGACAAAUCAUUAUCGAUCAAUGAAGACUCGAUACCACAUAACUAUAAAUUAUUUAAAUACGCCAAAUUAAAAUUAGAAAGAGCAUCAAAAAAGCGGCAAUUAAACAGUGAUGCUAUAGAUAAAUUAAUGACAUGUGUAAUUGAAUUUGAUACUUUUAUUUCAGUUGCAUUGAAUUUUAAAGAUGAUAUAGUAGACUUAUUUGUUAGUAACACAUAUGCUGAAUAUAAUGCUUUAAACGAAUUAAAAGCAUCAGAUACAGUAGCUAGCUUUGUUAAGACAAUUAUAAACAAACCAAUAGAAUUUGUUAUACAUAAAGGAUGGUUGUGGAAUUCCGCUGAAGUGAAACGAAAAACAUUCAAUAGAAAUGAACUAACGGAAAUAAUAAAAGCCGAAAUUAAUCGAAUUAGAUUGGACAGUUUAAAUGCCACAUAUAACUGUUCAAUUCGAGACAAACGAGUUCUUAGUAAGGAUAGAAUCAAUAAAAUCCAAAAAUGUUUAAUAAAUUAUCAAGAUAAUGAUGCUAAGUUUACAAAAUUGAUAUUUCAAUUAAUGAACAUAGCUAAUUCAACUAAUGAAAUUGAUUAA